CGACUGACAAAAUUCCAACCCCUCCGGAGGCUUCCUUCGUGCCGCGCCGCCCCUGGCGCGGCCCUCCAUUCCGACCCAAAGACUUCCUCAAAACCAAAAUCCUGGCCCUCCUUCUCUCGCCGAUUCUUCGCCCGCCUCCAUGCUCCGAUUCGCGCUGUUCUGUGCGAUCCUCCUUUUCUCGGCGAUCCAGCUCGCGGACGCCCAUGAGGACCACGGCGAGGAGGCGGGGGGGAGCUGCGAGAUGAGCCCCAACGUGAGGGUUCUCGCCGAGUACCGCCCCGGAAUCGUCACCGUCGACGGCCAUGCCGACGACUGGGCCGACGUAGACGGUUCCGAGUUCCCUCUGCUGCCCGCCCUCGAUCCCGACGAGGAUAAAGCCUAUGCCGGCGGCCAGAUUACCGUUAAGGCUGUGCAUGAUGGUAGCAAUGUUUUUUUCAUGCUACAAGUUGAUGGGGAGUUUGCAUACUCAAAGGGUGAAAACAACAAAUGUCCAUCUGUUGCUCUCAUGUUUCAAGUUGGGGAGGAUGCCUCAUAUCAUAAUAUGGGAGGUUGUACAAAUAUGCGCGAUACAUGCACCAAUAAAAGCUGUCGUGGACAUGAAGUGGACAUUAUGCAUUUUUCAAUUGGAAAUGCUAUUCCUGGACGGUUAUAUGGUGGCAAUCUUAUAGACAAUAGUGAUGGAAAUGGAAAUGAUAGGUUUGGUCAUCUGGUUGAUGUAUAUGCAUGGAACCCGCAUUGCCGAUACCUUGAUGGAAAGGGUCCAGGAAAUGUUUCAAAUGCUCAAAAUGAUUGGCAUGGCGCUUGGUGGCACAGUAGCCUAACAUUUCAUUCAGGCUAUUUGGAAGAAGAGAGCCCUUAUGGAGAAAGUGGUCAGAAGGGCACCUACAUUUUUGAGUUCUCAAGACCGUUGAGGACAAUGGAUCGUUUCCAACAGGAUGUUCAGUUUACAAUCAGUCAGGCUAGCAAGAUGGCUGUUGCUUUCUGGUACCCAACUUCUGGGAAUCCAUGGGGUGGGUCGCAACACUAUUCAGCUAGUUGCAACUGGCUGCCUUUAGAUAUUGCAUCACCUAAUGGACCGUCUAUUUCCGGGGUAAGAUCGAGCAGCUCAUGGGAUGCUGCCACUGCCUUUGCAUUGCUCCUCUCCGUGGUCUCCUUCUGCCUGUCUGUUUUCAUUGGAUACUGGGUUUCCAAAAACAAGGCUGUUCCAUUCACGCCAAUUGAUCAUCUUUGAUGAGCAUCACCUGAUGGAUCAUCUGUUUCUGGGGUAAGAUCAAGGAGCUCAACUAAUGCUACAUAUGCCUUCGAGUUGCUUUUCACUGUGGUCUGUUUUCAUAGGAUACUGUGUUUCUAAAGCCAAGGCUGAGUCACAACAAUCAAUCAUCUAUACUGAGUGUGAAGGACCAUAUGCUUCUGUUGUAUCUUUUUAUGUUAUAGUAUUUAAUGGGAGUUUCAAUGCUGAUCUGGAGGUGAAUUAAUUUACUGAGGCACACAUUCUUUCAUUUAUUUUCUUGUUGACAUUGCCAUAAGAACUUUUUUCCAGUGAUGUCAUGUUGUGUGAUUUGCUUUCUCUGAAAUGAUGUCUAGAUUUGAAAAACUCAACUUUGUAUAGAGACUGACGUGUUAUUGUACAACUGUUGGGUUGUAGUAAUAUUUGAUUUGGUUAGUUGACUCGCAUGAUUAAAGUUAUGAAGUGAAAAAUGCUAUUUUGGAUU